AUGGCUUCUAUCACAGCAGGAUCAUGGCUUCAUCUACUAGUGCUCCUUGUGGCCAUAGGCACGUUCCUGCUGCAUGCCCUCGCGGCGGCUGGUCGUGGCGGGAACGACGAUCCCACCGCCGGGUUCGAGAAGGUGGAGCUCUCCGACAGCGACUUCGUGGUGCAGAGCCCAUACAACGUGCCGAAGAGCCAGCGGUUCCAGUACCGGAACGGUGUCCGGACGUUCUGGGUGUACCGGAACGACAAGCCCUUCAACACUGCCACCCACACCAACCCCCGCUCCGAAGUGAUGAUCAGUAUCCACAACGAGGAGGGCGCGGCGCACGCCACGGUGCUCAUGCUGCACGUCUACGACGGCGUCCUGCGCUUCUACGAUGGCGCCGCCGUGGAGGCAGGCAUCUACGACCUCUGGUUCCGACUGAACGUGGUGCACGACGUCGCCGCCUCCACGGUGGCCGUCUACGUCGACGGCCGCCGGAAGUUCGGCGCCAGCGUCAUCCCCAGCGACUCCUACUACUUCAAGUUCGGGGUGUACAUACAGCACCAGGACCAGUCCAGCUGCAUGGAGUCACGAUGGACCAACAUCACGCUCUACACUAAGUACUAG